CAGGCCGGUGAAGUGAUUAAAGUGUUCUCCUAAUCUCCUCUCCCCAGGUUUCCGCAAUAAGAAGGAAAGCUACCAACUCCUUCGGUCAUUCGGCCUUCGCUCCGGUUUUUCAGAAUAGAUGCGGAAUACCACAUGACUUCAUUUAAGGCUGAUGAGAAGAUCUUGAGCUACAAUGAUGUUGUACUGAGGAAAUCAGAUCUAGAUAUCCUCAGUGGUCCACACUUUCUUAAUGACCGCAUCAUUGAGUUCUAUUUCAGCUAUCUUGCUUCCUGCUAUGUGUCUCACGAAAUCCUACUUGUUCCGCCAUCAAUCUCCUUUUGGGCAAUAAAUUGCCCAGAUCUUAACAGCCUCAAAGAUUUUGUUGAACCUCUUCAGCUGCCGGAUAAGAAGCUGGUAAUAUUUGUUGUCAACAAUAAUGAAGAUGUGACUUGGGCUGAGGGUGGGACUCACUGGAGCUCGCUUGUGUAUGAGAGGGGUGCAAAUAUUUUUGUACACCAUGAUAGUGUUGCAGGAUCCAACAGCUCACAUGCCAAGAGACUUUAUAGGGCUAUAACUGGGUUCAUGGGUAUUUCUGGUUCAGUGCCUGAUGUUAGAUAUGUUGAAUACACUGCUACACCGCAACAAAUGAAUGGUUAUGACUGUGGCUUAUAUGUCAUAGCAAUUGCAAAAGUUAUAUGCAGCUGGUAUGAGAGUGAUAGAUCUGAAGACAAGGCGAACUUGUGGUUUUCUGCUUUGAAAGAACAGGUUGUGCCAUCAGCAGUGGCUGAGAUGCGGAGUCAGAUUCUGAAGCUCGUUAGAGAUCUGAUGGCAAAGAAGUGAGUUGAAAAUCUUGAAGAAUGGUGCAAAUAGGUUUUCACUCUCCCUGUUACAGAGGAUGUAUAGGACCAUUUUGUAAUUUAACACUCAGGAUGUAUUGGAUAUGUCUACAGAAAUAAUGAGAUACAUUUGUGCUUUAUCUACCUACUAGUUGUGACUUUCCAUGUAUGAAUCAAAGACCUUUUGGGGGUUUCACGCCUAAACUCUGGAACAAUGACUAAUUGGACCA